UUUAUGCUUGACAUCAUUUGAUUUCGCUUGCUCAAACUGUGCAGAUAAUUGUGUGACAAAACAUGAAUUUCUCAAAUAUUGAUUUUGAAUUUAAAGAAGGAAGUCGUGCAGGCUGCUCAUUAUUGUUGUUCACUAUCAAUGAGCAACAAAUUUAUGUUAAAAACAAGUUGUUAAAGCAAGGUGACACGACAUACGUCUGCCGUGUCGCUGGCUGUCAAGCCAGAGUGUAUUUAAGCGCGGAUAAGUCUCGCGUUUAUUCCAAAUUGGAAAAUAUGCUGCAUAACCAUGGUCCGCAGGGCCAUGAAAUGGAUAAAAUCAGUGCCUUAAGUGAAAUUAAAAAGAAUUUGCAAAAUAAUAAAAAUACCGGCCUCAAAAAAUUAUUCACCUAUGUGCUCGCUGAGAAAACUAAAGGAGAAAGGCAGAUUAAACUAAACUACGACACUGUUAAGCGCACUCUGCAAAGAAAGAGGCAGGUCUUCUUGCCAAUAUCCCCAACUUCUCCACAGGCCGUCCGUUUAGCUUAUGAAAAGGCAAAUGUCAUGUGCACUUAUGGCAUGACCAAGGGAAAUACUCCAAAACAGUUUUUCAAAAAUGUGUACUUAUCGAGCUCAUUCGCGUACUGCAUAUUUUCUUCAGACGAGAUAAUCGCGUUGAUGCAAUCUCAUAUUCCGGAGCAUAAUAGGCAUUUUUUAACUGAUGCCACAUUCAAAGUACGCCCGCUCGGGGACUUUAAGGAGUUCUUAAUAAUCUACAUUAAAUACAUGCAGAAGAUAACCCCAUUUAUAUUUGUUUUGAUGACGCAAAAAACGGAGCUCUGCUAUCAGCAUUUGUUUACAUAUAUUGAGUCCAACAUUUGCUCCUUAAAUGGUGCAUCAUUUAUUUGCGAUUAUGAAAACGCGAUGCGCAACCCCUUGAAAAAGUUGCAUCCCAACAUGAAUUAUUAUGCCUCGUGGUUCCAUUUUACACAAGCAUGCAGAGAAAAUGCAAAUAAAUCAACUGGUUUAGAAAAUAUGCUCAAAAGCAAUAAACAACUGCUUUUGAUGUUUAUGAAAUUUCUGCAUUUACCGCUCUUGCCAGAGAAUAGGAUUGUCGGAGGCUUCAAUUUACUGCAAUGUCAAGCAAAUGCUUUAUACACGGAUUUGUUUUCUCCGUUUUUGGUAUAUUUUGAGAAACAGUGGCUGCAGGAGGUAGGACCUAAAAACAUAUCGGUGUUUAAACGUUCAACUAGAACCACGGGCUCUGUCAAGGCAUACAAUUUGAAAUUGGGCAACAAACUUCGAGCAAAAGGUAAUUUUUUUAAAUUCGUCCAAUGCCUUAUUGAUGCUGAAUAUGAAAAAGGUCGCGAAUUCGCUCUACUUUUUCAAAAGGGUGUUAUUGGCAAUCAGCCAUCGACGCAGCAACUACAUGACCGCUCUCAGAAGAUCAUGGAUGCCAUGAUUCUUUUUGAAAUGGGUAAAAUUGAUAUACAGGGCUUUUUGUCUCGCACUGUUUCGAUAAAUGAGCGAUUUUCAAGGCAGGACUUGGAUGAUGAAUCAAAUAUUUCCGAAAGUUCGUCUGAAAUGAAAUCUUCCACAACGUCACUUUCCACGAAUGUUUCAAAUUUAAGACAAAUGUCUGAUAUUAUUCAAAUGAAUCCAUGCAUUGUUUGCUUACGAAACCCAAAGACAGUUUUAUUGCGCCCAUGCAAUCAUUUAAAUAUUUGUGGCACCUGUUGGGACCAACUUGUUGCCUACAAUAAAUUAAGCAAUGAUUCAAUGAAAUUAAAUGAAAAUACUAAACCUAAGUGUCCAGCCUGUAAAGAAGAAAUCGAAGAGGUAAAUACAGUCACAACUUGGCAAAAGGGAGGCUGAAGAAAAAAGACUGGAAAAGACCAGACAAAGCUUACUUGGGCAACGCCGGAUAAUACCCGCUAAUACAUAUACAUCGAAUAAAAACUAAAUAUGCAAUUAAGCAAUGAUAAUACGAUGUUAUGAAAGAAAAUAAAUAUAUUGAAAAUUCAUAAA